AUGCGUGAGGUCAUUAGCAUCAACGUCGGCCAGGCCGGUUGCCAGAUCGCCAACUCCUGCUGGGAGCUUUACUGCCUCGAGCACGGCAUCCAGCCUGAUGGUUACCUCACCGAGGAGCGAAAGGCUCAGGACCCCGACCAGGGCUUCAGCACUUUCUUCUCCGAGACUGGUCAGGGCAAGUAUGUCCCCCGCGCCAUCUACUGCGAUCUCGAGCCCAACGUCGUCGAUGAGGUCCGCACCGGUCCCUACCGAAACCUCUUCCACCCCGAGAUGAUGAUCACUGGCAAGGAGGAUGCUUCCAACAACUACGCCCGUGGUCACUACACCGUCGGAAAGGAGCUCAUCGAUGGCGUCCUCGACAAGAUCCGCCGCGUUGCCGACAACUGUGUUGGUCUCCAGGGCUUCCUCGUCUUCCACUCCUUCGGUGGUGGUACCGGUUCUGGUUUCGGUGCUCUCCUCAUGGAGCGUCUGUCCGUCGACUACGGCAAGAAGAGCAAGCUCGAGUUCUGCGUUUAUCCCGCUCCUCAGACCGCCACCUCUGUCGUCGAGCCCUACAACUCCAUCCUGACCACCCACACCACCCUUGAGCACUCCGACUGCUCCUUCAUGGUCGACAACGAGGCCAUCUACGACAUCUGCCGCCGAAACCUCGGUCUUGAGCGCCCCAACUACGAGAACCUGAACCGCCUCAUUGCUCAGGUCGUCUCUUCCAUCACCGCCUCGCUCCGAUUCGACGGUUCCCUCAACGUCGACCUGAACGAGUUCCAGACCAACCUGGUCCCCUACCCCCGAAUCCACUUCCCUCUGGUCGCCUACGCUCCCGUUAUCUCGGCCGCCAAGGCUGCCCACGAGGCCAACUCGGUCCAGGAGAUGACCAUGUCUUGCUUCGAGCCCAACAACCAGAUGGUCAAGUGUGACCCCCGCCACGGCAAGUACAUGGCCACCUGCCUGCUGUACCGCGGAGACGUUGUCCCCAACGACGCCCACGCCGCCGUUGCCACCCUCAAGACCAAGCGAACCAUCCAGUUCGUCGACUGGUGCCCCACUGGCUUCAAGCUCGGUAUCUGCUACCAGGCUCCCGAGAACGUCCCCAACGGCGACCUCGCCAAGGUCAGCCGCGCUGUCUGCAUGCUGUCCAACACCACCGCCAUCGCCGAGGCCUGGUCUUCCCUGUCGCUCAAGUUCGAUCUCAUGCACUCCAAGCGUGCCUUCGUCCACUGGUAUGUUGGUGAGGGUAUGGAGGAGGGUGAGUUCUCUGAGGCUCGUGAGGAUCUCGCUGCCCUGGAGCGCGAUUACGAGGAGGUUGCCACCGACUCCCUCGGCGAGGAGGAGCUCGAGGCUGAGUACUAAGCGGUUUCGGAUGCGAGGACUGGAUUGCUACUGUAAAGCCAGUUUUAGCCUGUCACCGAUAGAGAAGGUGUAUUUUCUAUUUUUCAACGGUCAGAAGCCAAAAUGAGUUUUAAUGUCAAAAGACCAAAUCUGUAGAUGAGAACCUUGCGCGCACGCGGCAUGCUC